AUCCUCCUCCAGGUCCUGGCUCGCUGGGUGGGAGCGCUGCGCGGCUCCGCGCUGCGCAUCGCGGCCCGCUUGCCGCCUGCCCCCUGCCCUAGCUGGGCCACGUCCCCGGGCUGCGGGUGGAGGGCUACGAGGCGCUAACGUUACGCUGUUUCCGGUUUUCCAGCAGGCUCUGUUUCCCCUCCCAAGGCGGCGGCGGCGGAGCGGCGGAGCCCCCCAAAUGGCCUGGCCAGAUGCGGCAGGUUUGCUGCUCAGCGCUGCCGCCGCCGCCACUGGAGAAGGCUCCGUGCAGCAACUACAGCGACAGCAGCAGCAGCAACAGCAGCAAGAGGAGCAGCAGCAGCAGCAGCAGCAGCAGCGAGAGCAGCAGCAGCAGGAGCAGCAGCAGCAGCAGGAGCAGCAGCAUCUCCCGUCCCGCUGCGCCCCCAGAGCCGCGGCCGCCGCAACAGCCGCAGCCCCGCAACCCCGCAACCCGGAGAGCCGCCGCCCGCUCGCGAGCCGCAGCCGCCGGCGGCAUGAGGCGCGACCCGGCCCCCGGCUUCUCCAUGCUGCUCUUCGGUGUGUCGCUUGCCUGCUACUCGCCUAGCCUCAAGUCCGUGCAGGACCAGGCAUACAAGGCACCCGUGGUGGUGGAGGGCAAGGUACAGGGGCUGGCCCCGGCUGGCGGAUCCAGCUCCAACAGCACCCGUGAGCCGCCCGCCUCCGGUCGAGUGGCGCUGGUGAAGGUGCUGGACAAGUGGCCGCUCCGGAGCGGGGGGCUGCAGCGAGAGCAGGUGAUCAGCGUGGGCUCCUGUGCGCCGCUCGAAAGGAACCAGCGCUACAUCUUUUUCCUGGAGCCCACGGAGCAGCCCUUAGUCUUUAAGACGGCCUUUGCCCCCCUCGACACCAACGGCAAAAACCUCAAGAAAGAGGUGGGCAAGAUCCUGUGCACUGACUGCGCCACCCGGCCCAAGCUGAAGAAGAUGAAGAGUCAGACGGGACAGGUGGGGGAGAAGCAAUCGCUGAAGUGCGAGGCAGUGGCCGGGAACCCCCUGCCCUCCUACCGCUGGUUCAAAGAUGGCAAGGAGCUAAACCGCACCCGAGACAUUCGCAUCAAGUACGGCAAUGGCAGAAAGAACUCACGACUACAGUUCAACAAGGUGAAGGUGGAAGACGCAGGGGAGUACGUCUGCGAGGCUGAGAACAUCCUGGGGAAGGACACAGCCCGAGGCCGCCUCUACGUCAACAGCGUGAGCACCACUCUGUCAUCCUGGUCGGGGCACGCCCGGAAGUGCAACGAGACGGCCAAGUCCUAUUGUGUCAAUGGAGGCGUCUGCUACUACAUCGAGGGCAUCAACCAGCUCUCCUGCAAGUGUCCUGUGGGAUACACCGGGGACAGGUGUCAGCAGUUCGCAAUGGUCAACUUCUCCAAGCACCUUGGAUUUGAACUAAAGGAGGCCGAGGAGCUGUACCAGAAGAGGGUUCUGACCAUCACUGGCAUCUGCGUGGCUCUGCUGGUUGUGGGCAUCGUCUGCGUGGUCGCCUACUGCAAGACCAAAAAACAGCGGAAGCAGAUGCACAGUCACCUCCGGCAGAACAUGUGUCCAGCCCAUCAGAACCGGAGCCUGGCCAAUGGGCCCAGCCACCCCCGGCUGGACCCAGAGGAAAUCCAGAUGGCAGAUUAUAUCUCCAAGAACGUGCCAGCCACAGACCACGUCAUCCGCAGGGAGACUGAGACCACCUUCUCCGGGAGCCACUCCUGCUCUCCGUCUCACCACUGCUCCACGGCCACACCCACUUCCAGCCACAGGCAUGAGAGCCACACAUGGAGCCUGGAGCGUUCUGAGAGCCUAACCUCCGACUCCCAGUCGGGCAUCAUGCUGUCAUCAGUGGGCACCAGCAAGUGCAACAGCCCAGCAUGUGUGGAGGCCCGAGCACGGCGGGCGGCAGCCUACAGCCUGGAGGAGCAGCGCAGGACCACCGUGCCCCCUUACCACGACUCCAUAGACUCCCUGCGCGACUCUCCACACAGCGAGAGGUAUGUGUCGGCCCUGACCACACCCGCACGCCUCUCUCCGGUGGACUUCCACUACUCGCUGGCCACGCAGGUGCCGACUUUUGAGAUCACGUCCCCCAACUCCGCGCACGCUGUGUCGCUGCCGCCGGCCGCGCCUAUCAGUUACCGCCUGGCGGAGCAGCAGCCGCUCCUGCGGCACCCGGCGCCCCCCGGCCCCGAGCCUGGGUCCAGUGUCGACAUGCAGCGCAGCUACGACAGCUACUACUACCCCGCGGUGGGGCCAGGGCCGCGGCGCGGCGCCUGCGCUCUAGGCGGCAGCCUGGGCAGCCUGCCCGCCAGCCCCUUCCGCAUCCCGGAGGACGACGAGUACGAGACCACGCAGGAGUGCGUGCCCCCACCGCCGCCACCACCGCGCGCUCGCGGUGCGUCUCGCAGGACGUCGGCGGGGCCCCGGCGCUGGCGCCGCUCGCGCCUCAACGGGCUGGCGGCGCAGCGCGCACGCGCGGCGCGGGACUCGCUGUCUCUGAGCAGCGGUUCUGGAGGCGGCUCGGUGUCAGCUUCGGACGACGACGAGGACGACGCGGACGGGGCGCUGGCAGCAGAGAGCACGCCUUUCCUCGGCCUGCGCACGGCGCACGAGGCGCUGCGCUCGGACUCGCCGCCGCUGUGCGGGGCGGCGGACAGCAGGACUUACUACUCCCUGGAAAGCCACAGCACCCAGGCCAGCAGCAGACACAGCCGCGGGCCGCCCGCGCGGGCCAAGCAGGACUCGGCGCCCCUCUAGGGCCCGCCCUCCCCCCUCCCCCGUCUUUAAGGAGAAGGGAGACUACCGACUGGAGAAAGGAGGAGAAAAAGAAAUAAAAAUAUUUUUAUUUUCUAUAAAAGGAAAAAGGUAUAACAAAAUGUUUUAUUUUCAUUUUAGCAAAAAUUGUCUUAUAAUACUAGCUAACGGCAAAGACGUUUUUAUAGGGAAACUAUUUAUAUGUAACAUCCUGAUUUACAGCUUCGGAAAAAAAAAAGAAACAACAAAAAAAAAGAGAGAUGGGCCAAUUUUUUGACUCUUUAAUAGAAACCUAUAUUGUGGUGCCUUUUGCUGUACGCUAAUCUGGAGCUCCUGGAGAAAAGUCUGGGUUGCGGGGUGGGGGUGGGGGGGAAUGUAGGAUCCCAAGCUGGUGGGGGUGACAGAAAAGGGGCAGAGAAGAGGCUGCGGGGUUGAGGGGCGGGACAGUGAUGGAUUGACCCUUUGCCCCUUUGCAAGAUAUUGAGUCCUGGGUCCCCUAAGGAAAGGCUAGGGAUCCUAGGCUUGGAGCUAGAGUUGGGUCAUGUCACGUCCAGAGGGAGACUAAGGCCCAGCGACAGCAACCUGAAUGGGGAGGGGGCCUCCCCACUCCUCACAGCUGCUAAGGGAAGGGGCACUGAGAACCACCAGGUCUUCCCAACAGUCCCCGCCCCAGGGAGGGGGCAGCUCUGCCAGGGCCCCUUUGUUCGAGGCUCCUCCUCCCCCAUGGCCUCCAGGACGCCCUCGUCCUCUGCAGCACCUUCGUUUACAGGUCGUCUUUUCUAUUUUACGCCUGCAUGUCCUUUGCAUUUCAGAUUCUUUAGAUUGGAUGCAUGGUCACGCUGGGACCGAGAAGAGCCACUGGACAGUCUAUUUGAUCCCCCUUUUAGCAAUAAAGUAUCACCAUUUCCUUCUCAGCCCGACUCCCAGCCUCCAACCCACCUAUGACUUCCACUCCCUCUCCAGCCUCGUCCUCCCCACCCUCCCCCAAACUGGGUCCACUGCUAAUUUGUCAAAAGGUAAUUGUUUAAAAGAUAUCCCAAACAAAUGAGAACCCUGUCCUGAAUUGUCCAAACACCUGACUGUUGACACUUGAACAUUUUUAUAUUAUAAAUAAAAUCAGAAAUAAUUCA